GCGGCGGGUUGGCUGCGGGACCCUCCUCCUCUUCUUUCCGGCUUGUGGCGGUGUGUCGGGUGUGCGAGCUGACCCGACCCGAACUGGCAGGCAGCACCCCGAUAGGGACAGAGGGGGGCGGCCGAUAACUGUCAAAUAACGAUAUCUGCGGGUUUGACUGUGUUUGGUGUUCGCCGGCUCCAUGUCGGAUUUCAAGCUGGGAAUCGUCCGGCUCGGCCGGGUCGCCGGCAAGACUAAAUACACGCUGAUAGAUGAACAGGACAUUCCUCUUGUUGAGAACUUUGCAUUCGAGGCCCGCAUGGAGGUGGACGCAGACGGGAACGGGGCAAAGAUCUUCGCCUACGCCUUCGAUAUCAGCAAGGGGAGGUGGGCCGGACGCCCGCUGCACCACCUGCUCUGGGAGAAGCACAGGGGAGGCAUCGCCCCCAGUUUCCAGGUGGUCCACAUGAACUCUGUGACGGUGGAUAACAGACUGGACAACCUGCGCCUCGUCCCUGCGGGCUGGAAGACGAAGCCGGAGGACGUGUCGAGCAAACAGAGGGAGCAGAGCCUGUACUGGCUGGCGAUCCAGCAGGUACCAGCAGACCCGGUAGAGGAGCAGUACCUGGAGCUGAGCCGCACGCGCUACUACAACGCCAAUGGAGAGGUGAUAGAGGAGGAGGAGUGCGCCUGCAGCUACUAUGAGUGCCACUACCCACCCUGCAACAUGAUUGAGAACAGACUCCGGGAGUUCAACAUCUGUGGCCGCUGCCAGGUGGCACGGUACUGCGGCUCCCAGUGCCAGCAGAAGGACUGGCCGGCCCACAAGAAGCAGUGCCGGGAGCGGAAGAGAGCGCCCCAUCUGGACAUGGAGCCGGAGCGGUGAUGCACCUGGAGAGAGAGGGGGGGA